CCUUGAACUCUCAGUACCUGUGAGCUUGCACCCCAAAUUCCUGCCCCUGGCACGCACAUUACCAGUCACAAGGAACCAGCAUUAAUGAGUGCUCUGGCAGGAAGCAUAACUUAUAGAGAAGUUAACAGGUUCUGAGAAAGACGGAGAUAAACACAGGCGGCAAACCACUGUCUUUGAGCCGCUUGUCCUUUAAGUAUGUCGAGAUCCAGACCUUUAAGUGUCACUUCAGUGAUCUCAAAACCAGGAAUCUUAUGUUUGCCACUAUUCCAGUUGGUGCUAUCGGACUCGCCAUGUGAAGAAAAUGAAGUGUGCACAAGCUACAAAGAUCAAUACACAAAUGGCUGGUAUAUCUGGUUUUUGCUGCUGGUUUUCCUGGUCACCCUUUUCUGUGGAGUCGUGUUCUUCUGCCUCCAGUGCUGGCUGAGGCCACCCCAAAAUGGUUCCGCAAGACGCACCAUGGCUGUUUUUGCUGUUGGAGACUUGGACCCUGUGAACGGGACAGAAGCAGCUGUGAAUCCAAAUGCUGGAAUUCACGUUCGAAUCCAAAACCCCGAACUGUACCCUGUUCCAUGUUUUGGCACUUUAGGGCCCCCACCUCCAUAUGAAGAAACCCUAAAAUCAACCCCAUUUUAGAUCUGGAUCAUUAAUUGAAAAUAUUAUAAAUAUUUUUAAUCCCAAAACAUUAAAUUUAUGAACAAUUCCUUCAUUUAGUGAAAACUCCUGGAGAUUGAUUAAUACGGUCUUAAAAAUAGGACAAAUAGACAAAAGAAUGAAUGUAGAAAAAGAAUUUUGGUCAUGAAGAUGUUUCCACAGUAAAUUUGUGGACUCUUGGUAUAUCAUUGCUGCCUUAUACUUUAAUGCUUAUAGUGAAGUUCAUCCAUGUACUCAAAUAGGCAGUAAAUAACACAUGGGGUGGCGUUCGUCAAGUUUAGGAUUCCACUCUAGUACCCAUCACAGCUUUUUCUGCCUCAAUCUCUUUUUUGAUCUGAUCUCUUCCUAGUAUGGAGUUAAUAAAAAUGAUUAUAAUUUAACCAUGAACCAAGCAGAGAUUUAGGCAUGCCUAGACCCAGAACCAGAAUGAGAGUACUUGAAUUAGGAUGACGGGAGACAGUAGGAAGAAGGAUUAUUUUGAGUUGAAGGGUGAAGGUAGAAUGAAGAGGAAGAUUAAAAGUUCAAGGAGUUGCACGUCUCCUUGAGGAGUAUUGACAGAUGUUGAAGGAGAUUACCUAAGCUAUGAAGCACACGUAAUUCCGCAACGUGAAGACGAAGGAGAGGCUCCCAUUUCCCAUGCGUGAGUGCAGACUCCGGAGCCCGCGGACCUUCUCUGCUUCCUCAAGACUUGGCAUUUCUUGGCAAGCCAUGAUAAGAACCCUUGGCAUAGAUCUCAGUAUUCUCACUGAAGAUUCUGACUACAGAAGCAGCAGUGAGGUAUCAAGUGACGUUUCUGCAGUGGCCGCGAGCAAGGGAGCCAGGAA